AUGACGUUAGACUCCACACAAAUUAACCAAUCAAUCGACCAAAUCAAACAGUGGGUGAAAACUUCCACGAAAUACGAUCCAUCUGAAAUUUCUUCGAAUAUUGAUUCGAUUUUUCGUGAUCUUGUAGAAACAAUUGCUCAGACAAUCAGGAAAAAGCUUUCUGAUUACGAACUACAGAUUGCUAACCUGAAUUGCAAGCACUCUGAACUAGAACAGAAAAACGAUUCUUUAGAAGACGAAAUUUCAAAAUUAAAAGGUGACUCACAGAAGCUUAAAUCGUUCAUGGCAUACAAGAAAGUUGCAUUUAGUCAAGACAACUUUGAUCUUUCUCAUAAGAACGAGUCUUCAACUCCUCCUCCUCAACCAAAAUCUCCAACUCCUCCGCAACCUUCAAGUCCAAAGCAGUCAUCUCCACAAGUAAACGUUGCAAAAUUGACAGCUAGAAUGCAAUCACUUGAACUUCAGAUCGAAUCUCUUUCUAACGAAAAUCAAAAAUUAAUUGCCGAAAUAAAUGAUUCGAAUAACAAGCAUAAUACGUAUGUACAACAGUUGUUGUUCGACCACGAACAAAAAGAAAACGAAUACAAGGAGAAAUUGUCGAAACUUACACUUGAUUCAGGAAAAUUCCAAAAGCAACUCGAAACGGCUACAUCUACAAUAUCAAAGAAGGAUGAGAGAAUCGAAAACCUUAAGGGAAUUCUCUCUAGAAAGGAUACAGAACUAGUAAAUCUCAAAUCAAGAAUUAUUGAUGCAGAAGAGACAAUUAAAGAGCUCCAAGAGAUGGGAGAUGAGAACAAGAAACUUUACGAGAUAAAUAAAAGUCUAGAAGAAAACAGAGCUCGUGAAAAAUUAAAUUAUCAGACAUCAGCAAGAUUAGUCAAAGCAGAAUGUGAUGACAAAGUCCAGAUCCUUACGAAGAAGCUCGCUGCAGUUGAAAAUGCCUUGAAUGACACACUUUCUCAGAAGAAUUCCCUUGAAUCUUCAAUUUUAGAAGCACAAGAGAACUCCAAGAGCGUUCUCCAUGAGUCUAAGAUGCUCCUUAAGAAGGUUGGAGAGCUAGAAGGCCAGAAUUCCUCUUUAAAGAACGAAAUUUCUGAAUUAAAUUCAAAGAAUUCAUCUUUAAUGAGCGAAAUCCAACAUUUGUCCCAACUCUCGAACGACCACAUUGAAAAUUCCCCGUCAAAACCGCAAAAUUCCGAAAUUUCAACAGGAUCUCCACAAAAAUCCUUCAUAAACAGGGAAAUUUCGAAAGAAGUCAUGGAAAUUAGCCGAACCAACAACGAAAAGACCGAAAACAAUGACCAAGAACUUGUAGAUAAGUUGAAGAAAUCAUUAUCUCUUCUGAAAGUUGACAGCAAGCUUUCUAAUACAUCAGAACUUGCUGACCAACUAAUAUCUACACUCGAGAACCAGCCAAAAACCGAGAAUUUCGAUACAAAGGAGAUUUUCGAAAUUUUAGGUCCAAUAAUUAAGAGAUACGAGGCUGAUGCUGCUUCAUCAAACUCUCCUUCAAUGGUACUUAGGAAUACUCAGAAGCGCUUUAUGAAUUUGCUGAGCAAAUUUAACGAUGCUCGCGAUGUUAUUAAAUCUGUUCGUUCAAUUGUAGAAAGCUCAGAACCUGAUGAAUGCCAUCACGCACUCAGAACAUUAUUUGGUGUAAAUUAA